UUGCGUGUGGUCGGCGCUUUUCUGGUGAUAAAUGCGAUAGCCUAUGCGGUCCAGUUCGUGUUCAACGACCUGUAUCAGGACGGACAGGGACUUGAGCCUAAGCACAUCUGGCAAGUCAUAGACUACGUGGCGGUGGUAGUAAUCCUUGCGGCGCUGGCCGUGAACUUCAUGAGGCUUCGCUCGCUGCUACCCAGCGGCGGCGAGGCAAUCAGCGGCGAACGUCUGGGCGCGUACAUAUUGUUCUAUGCGACGGCGGCGCUGACAUUGUGGUUUUUCCACAACUGGAUAGACCUGCUGACACUGACUGAAGGCAAGUCCGUCAGCGUGUACAACAAUGUCAUCUGGAAGUUCAUCGGCGUAGUGUUUCCGCUGACCAUCGGAACUACAGGCUGCAUAUUAUGGCGGAAAGCAUCGGAUGGGUAG